AUGACUACGGUAUAUAACUUCAUUGGGAAAGUCAUACUAAUCACGGGCUCUAGCAGUGGUAUCGGAGCUACAACUGCCGUGCAUUUAGCCAAAGCCGGGGCACAGGUAGUGAUCACCGGUCGAAACGCCGCUAAACUACAAUCAGUGGCCAAACAGUGUUCAGACGUAUCUCCAAACGGCGUCAAACCGUUGGAAGUGUUGGCGGAUAUCAGUACUCAAGAGGGCUGUCGACAACUGAUCGACGCGACGGUCAACCGGUUCUCACGACUCGACGUUUUGGUGAAUAACGCCGGCUUUGGACUGACGGCACGGAUCACUGAUGAGGACUACUUUGAUAAAUACAAAAGUGUUUUUCAGACUAAUUUGGAUUCAGUUAUACUUUUGACUCAACUAUCGGUCAAACAUUUAGAGGCAACCAAAGGGUCGAUCAUUAAUAUAUCGAGUUGUGCGGCCUGGAGGGCGUCGGAUACGCUCUCCUCAUACUGUAUGUCCAAAUGUGCACUGGAUAUGUUCACUAAAUGUGCGGCUAUUGACCUAGGUCGAAAGGGGAUUCGUGUUAACUCGUUAAACCCGGGUCCUAUUAAGAGCGAUAUUCUCAUAACAAUGGGUAAGAGUCAGGAGUUUUCCGACAAUUUUUGGGCGGAAUCCGGGGCUAAGAAUCCGAUCGGACGGUCGGGAGAACAGGAGGACAUCGCACGGGCUGUCAUGCAUUUGGCGUCCGAUGAAACCGCUUUCAUAACUGGUAUUAAUUAUGUGGCCGACGGAGGGUAUAUGGCUGCCAACGUGGACUUACAAAUAAUAUACCAGGAUAAGUCUGGUUUGUUAGUCAUAAACCAGAGCUCUGUCGAUGACCUCAACUCCCGACUGCCUACCGACGCCCUGAAGACCAGUUACCGAAACUUUCGGCCAAAUAUACUGAUCUCAGAGUGCGAUGCCUUCGAUGAGGACAACUGGCAAUGGGUGUCCAUUCGGGACGUGGAGUUCGAGCACCUGAAGCCCUGCGACCGGUGUGUGUUGACCACAAUUAAUCCCGACACCGGUAUCAAGAAUGGUGUCGAACCCCUACAGACAUUACGCUCUUACCGUAUGGCCACCGAUAAGCUCAAGAAAACGUACGGAACUUCACCCCUAUUUGGGACACAAAUUGGACCUAAACACGAGGGCGAGAUUUAUUGCGGCGAUGAUGUGCUCGCUGUUUAUAAAUGA